AUGGGGACGACGAACAUCAUUGGGUUAGAAGAAGGAUGGGAAAUCAUUCAGAACGAGAUUACAAAGCUGAUUAAUACUCUUGAAGGUGUUCCUGAAUCGCCAGACUACGGUUCAAUCUACUCAACAGUUUACACUUUGUGCCAACACAAACAUAUUGAAGGUUAUGGUGAAGGGCUUUAUGCUAGAUAUGAAGGUGUUUAUAAUGAUUACUUGCAAUCAAAAGUUUUACCAGCCAUUCAAGAGAAGAAUGAUGAUGUAUCUAUGUUGCAGGAAUUUGUCAAGAGGUGGGCUAAUCACAAGGUUAUGGUGAGUAAGCUUUCUCGCUAUUUCAAUUAUAUGGAUCGCUAUUAUAUUCUUCGAAUGAAACUUCCUUGUUUGAAAGAUGUUGGGUUUGGUUGCUUUCGUAAAAUUGUCUAUGAGAAGAUGAAAGUGAAAGUUGGAGAUGCUGUUGUUGUGUUGAUUAAUCAAGAACGUGAGGGAACUGAAAUUGAUAGGGGUUUGGUCAAGAAUCUCUUAGAGGUGUUUGUUGAAAUUGGGAAUGAGAAUGGUAAAGAUAAGUUGGAUUGUUAUGUUGAUGAUUUCGAAACUGCGUUUUUAAGUGACAUGGCCGAUUAUUAUACUCGGAAAGGUUUUAAGGAGAUUAAGGUUGCAGAAUGUUUUCAAAGGGAGAAGGAUAGGGUUUCUCACUAUUUGCAUUCCAGUACUGAGGAGAAGUUGUUUAAACAAGUUCAAGGUCAGGUGUUGCCUGAAAAUGCCCAACAAGUUCUUCAAAAGGAGAUGCAGUCUGUGAAGCUUGGGAUCAUUAGUUUUAAUGGAUUAAAGGUUUCUAAGUAUGUUGUCUUGGUUGCUUUGGUUCAUGUAUGUGUUGUUAGCCAUAUACGGAGAAAAUCGAGGCCUCAUUUAGAUGUUGUUCCCCAAGCUCUUUCUAGUCUGAAUGUGCAUGCUAUGGGUCAGUUACUUUCUUUGUUUCUUUGUGUUGCUGGUAACGCGUGUUCUGCACAGCAAAACUGUCAAGGCAAUGCUGUUCUCAACUGUUUGGCCAAACAUAGAAAUUUACUUGCUCCUUCAGACAAUAGUGUUGUAGAGAUAGAUCUUCUGAGAAAGAGAUUAAGUUUAGCUGAAAUUUUUAUGGAGAAUUUGACUUUAGUCACCUCACUUUCACCCACCGACUAA